AGUAGAGCGUCCCGCUCUCAAGAAGCACGAACAAUAUCCAAGCAAGCUGUUCCUUUCCAAUUGGCGGUGUAGAUGCUGCUUGACAUCAAGAGGGGGCUACGCACAGUCUCUCACCGCAAUGGCUGACUCUGAGCGUCCAACAGAACACUGCUGCCACUGCCAAACCAGAGAUAAUGCCAAAUGCGAAAGGAACAAAGAAUCUCAAGCCACCGAACCCAAUGUGGAAAUACAUGGGCCUUGGAGAAAACUUCCGACCAAGAGUUCCAUCUCGGAAUUGGAUGAUCUUUCUGACCAUCACUGGCACGUUCACCGCAGCAGUCAUAUAUGACAAGAGAGAAAAGAGACGAGCCCAAAGGAAAUGGUGCAAGCUUGUUGAGCACAUAGGAAAAGAGCCCCUUGGGCGGCAGGAAAUGCCAAGGAAGCUCACUGUCUUCUUGGAAGGCCCUCCAAGUGAUGGGCUUCGAGCAGCGCAAGACCACUACAAAGAAUACGUCAAGCCUAUUCUGGUGGCGUCAGGAUUGGAUUGGGACUUCAUACAAGGCAGGAAAGAAGGCGACGUGAGAGCCGAGCUAGCGGAAAAGAUACGAAAUUCCAGGACGCCGCCCGAGCAGCGGACAGAGGAGAGUGUUGUUGAGGAAGUACGCAGGCGGAGCGGCAUCAAGGAAUUCGAUGGAGUACGAGGUGACAUUGUCAUUGGACGACACACCUGGAAGGAAUAUGUGAGAGGUUUACACGAGGGUUGGCUAGGCCCUCUCACCGAACCACCAAAACCGAGCCAGGAGAAAACUGCCGAUGAAAUAAACACAACAGAAAAGCAGCUGGACUCAAUCACAGAACAAACAUCCGGAUUAUCUUCAAAUUCAACAACAGAAGAAGAUGCAAAUUCCCCUACCAAUCGAGCUCUACCUCCCACCGAGCCUGAAUCCAAGCCCGAGGAAAAACCUACAAAACCUCCUCAGCCAGCACCCUUCAUCACAACGUCUGAAUAUCAAUCAGCGGCCAUGCCCCCAGAUCUCCCAUCCGAACUCGAUCCCUCUACACCUAUCUCUUUCCCACACAUUCUAGGAUUCCUCAAUACGCCAAGGCGGCUCUAUCGGUUUCUCAACAGACGAGUUUUGGCAGAUCAAAUUGGCCGUGAAACAGCAGCCAUAAUCCUCGCAACAUAUCGGCCGUAUCACUCCACAACUACACCUCUAACGGCAACAUCAUUCUCCUCAGAUGAUGCAGAGGAAUCUCCCCGAAGUAAAGACCAUGACACAGCACAAACAGCAGAACAACAAACGGCCCUGUUUGAAGAAGAGAAGGAAUGGCACAAAAGUGUACGAGUCCGCGUUGAAGGGGAGCCGGAACGAACGUGGUUGGAGCCAGUUGUGCUGGAUCCACGGAUUUCGUCGAGAAUGCGGAGGUUCGAGCUUACUGCAGAGGAUGAAGCUAGAGCGAGGAGUAUUGUGGUGCCAGAAGCAGAGGUUGAGGGCUGGAUCAAAGGGGGUCUGAGAAGCUUGGGCAAGAUGGGCUUACAAGCUGUUGGACUUGGGAAGAAAGAGAAGGUUUCCAGAGGAGCUGAUGAGGAAGUCCUUGAGUAAAAGGCUCUGUUGUUCGAAAAACGAAAUUGACGUUGUAGGCUAGUUCAGUGAUACCUUUGCUGCAUUAGAUGGAAUUUGCAUUGUACAGUAGCCUGGUGUAUGAUGCCUGGUGUAUGAUCGGUAGCACCACAUA